AUAACAGGCUUCUGUUUCCAGCACCACUGCACCACUUCACGGUCUGCAAAACGUGUUAAAAUUCAUCGGAUCAACUGAUGUUUAGGGUCUCCGAAGGUAUUUAAAAUUAUACAUUUUUGAAAAAUAUAGUUUCUGAUGGUGGCUGUGGGCACUUCGCUGCUACUUGUUUGGAAUAUACGCCUACCCGCCGCCGUUUUCGGGUCGUUAUGAUUAUGGAAACCUGCUAUUUGAGUCACGUAGUCCUAACCCGUCUUUCUCUGUUGGUCCUCUUGGUCGUUCUGAGACCCCUCAAUGCGUGGAUUUACACCUCCAGCAGCAACGAUAUGGAUAGGGCACUGGUAACGGGAGUAUACUUCUCUCCCCGGGUUACUAACUCUGAAGAAAUAACUGCCAUAACUGCCUUACCAAAAUACUUGUUUACUACUCCGGCAACUUCUACGGACUUUAGGGAGGUAUCAUCACCAUCAUCUGGAACAGAACUCCACCACAGAGUCAGGCAUUCCGAUGAGAGUGAGACACGGGCGUUGAGUGAAGACAAAUUAGCCACUGAACAAAACAUACGUCUCUCCUCGGGCUCAACCAGUUGGACAUCAGAAGGAACCCUUGGUUUGUCGACGGAGCAGAGGAGCUCUACCAUUGUAGUGUCUACAGAGGCUACCACACAGUGGGAGGACAAGACCAGACUAACAACAGACCACCUACCAGAGGCCUACUCUGGGCUCCCAGCACAGCUCAGGGCUUUGACUGAAACAAAACGCUCAGUAGAACUUAAGUCUGCGUCUGUUACGGAAGCCAGACCACCUCAGGACAGCCCUGAUGCUGACAGCAGUCUCAGAGGGGACCAGUCCACAAACCGAGGUACUGUGGAUCUCAGAGAAGACCAAUCCACAACCCAAGGCACAGUGGGUCUCAGCGAGAACCAGUCCAAUAUCCGAGGCACCAUGGGUCUCAGUGAGGACCAGUCCACAAACCGAGGCACUGAGGGCCUCAGAGAGGACCAGUCCAAUAUCCGAGGCACCAUGGGUCUCAGGGAGGACCAGUCCACAAACCAAGGCACUGAGGGCCUCAGAGGGGACCAGUCCACAAACCAAGCUACUGUGGGGCUCAGAGAGAACCAGUCCAAUAUCCGAGGCACCAUGGGUCUCAGUGAGGUCCAGUCCACAAACCAAGGCACUGAGGGCCUCAGAGAGGACCAGUCUACAAACCGAGGUACUGUGGGUCUCAGAGAGGACCAGUCCACAAACCGAGGCACCGUGGGUCUCAGAGAGGACCAGUCCACAAACCGAGGCACUGAGGGCCUCAGAGAGGACCAGUCCACAAACCGAGGCACCGUGGGUCUUAGAGAGGACCAGUCCACAAACCGAGGCACUGAGGGCCUCAGAGAGGACCAGUCCACAAACCGAGGUACUGUGGGUCUCAGAGAGGACCAGUCCACAAACCGAGGCACCGUGGGUCUCAGCGAGGACCAGCCCACAACCCGAGGCACCAUGGGUCUCAGAGAGGACCAGUCCACAAACCGAGAUACUGUGGAUCUCAGAGAGGACCAAUCCACAACCCAAAGCACCAUGGGUCUCAGCGAGGACCAGUCCACAAACCAAGGCACUGUGGGCCUCAGAGAGGACCAGGCCACAAACCAAGGCACUGUGGGCCUCAGAGAGGACCAGUCCACAAACCAAGGCACUGUGGGCCUCAGAGAGGACCAGUCCACAAACCGAGGCACCGUGGGUCUCGGCCAAGGACAGUCAACAGAUACUCUCAGGCAGGAACAGUGGACCGACCUAGGAACCAUGGCUCUCCCCAUCCCUGUCCACACCGACCGCACCUACAUCUCCUCCACUAUGAGUCGAGCGGGAGAGAGGACCUUACUGUCUGUGAGCUCCAACAGCACCUCCAUGUACCCUAAGGACUCCACCGUGGGCCUCCCGACCAGCCGCACCGGUGCCGGGGCUGGGGAUGUCACCGACAGGAUACCCUCCACUGGACCUGACCAUGGGCAUGACGCUACGUCUGGGUCUGACUCUCACCCCCACUCCAACACCAACUCUUCACAAGAGAGGCCUGGUGGUUUGUCCUCCAAAGGGACCAACCCGCUGACUGAACCCCCCAAUGUGACCCAACAGCAGGACCUAACCUCUCUGAUUUCGGAGGGAACCCGCUCCUCCACCCCCCCUCUCAGCGUGGCUGAUAACCACAGCAGACAGGACACAGACACAACAGACUCCAGUCAGCCUUCCAGAGGCAGGACGUCCCAGACAGAAGAUGGGGUCCCUGAUUCUUCACAGCCCCCCUUCCUGUUUUCAGAAGGACCCAGUCAUCCCAGCACCAACACCUCUCAGGGAGGAGAUAGAGAUACUCCCUCCAUCAUGGUCACCGGGUCUGGCACUUCCACAGAGUCCUCCACAGGUGCCCUCAGCACCCAGGGGGGCCAGGGUGAGACAGAAGGAGUCACAUCACUCCACACAGAGGACACACCUACCAUCGUAGGUCUGGCUCUAACUACUGCUCACCCGACGCUACGAGAAAGUGCCACCGCCCUGGAAGACUCCCUGUCCCGGUUCAUCUCAAGCCAGCCUCCCUUUGUCCCCAAGACAGAGCAGCCAUCGCCAUCGGUGACCACAGAGGUCCUGAUGUCCACCACAUCCGUUACCAUUACGAUGACGUCACAGGUCACUGAGGAGGAGACCUACAGAUUUACUACGGCAACCAGCACCACACUGACACCCCCUCUGGUUACGACAAGGAUGGUUCAGCUUAGCACCACCUCCGUCGAAGCCCAGACUCAACCCACCACCAUCCCUACCACCAUUACCACUGAGACCACUCUGGGUCUCCAGACCUCGGCUUCAACCCCCCUGCGCCCAGCUACACUUCAGACCCAGACCCAGGAGCCCUCAACAGGGGUGAGCUUCACCGACGUCACCAGCUUCACCGAUGUAACCACCUUGCCCCUGGAGACCAGCACGGCCACACCGGGGAACACCACGCCCCACAGCGGCCAGGACAUCACCACCACCACUACUACAGCCUCCUCUUCCUACAGCCACAGCACCACCACCAGGAGCACAGUGGAACUGCACACUACAGGGAAACACACUGACAGGAGGACCACUGAGGUAGAAGUGACCGCAGCUCCAAUGGACAUCAGAUCUACAUCUCAGACACCAGGUAGUGCCUGUGAAUCCAACCCCUGUCUGAACGGAGGUGAGUGUGGAGAGACCUAUGGAGGGAGGGAAUUCACCUGUUACUGUCUGUCAGCAUGGACAGGACCUAGCUGCAAUGAGGAUGUGGAUGAGUGUGAGAUUGGCCCCGGCCCCUCGGGCCCAUGUCCCAGUGACUCUACGUGUGUUAACACCAGGGGCUCCUUCAGCUGCGAGUGUCCCCUGGGCCUUGACAUUGAGAACGGACGAGACUGCACGCGAGCAAAAACCUUCUUGGGGACGUUCAGUGUCAACAACUCUCACUAUGACCCACUGCUCUCCAGGAGCGCCACACUGCAUGAGAUCCAGAGAGAGAUCAACCAGCUGCUCAAUGCCUCAUUAUCAAUUCUGCAUGGUUACCGGCGCUCUACUUUGAGUAAAAAAGGGGAAGACGGAGUUCAUAUCUCUGCUGUCAACAUGUUCUCCCUCUCUGCUGACGUGACCAGUUCUGAGGUUUACGACAGCAUACAGAUGUCUCUGAACAACUGUAACAGCACUGCUGGACACUGCAGAGUGGUGGUUACUCACCAGCUCUCCUAUCAAGUUGAGAGUCUGUGUCUGGCCCAGAACACACAGUGUCACCAAGAGCGUUCCUUCUGUGUCGACUCCAAUGGGACAGCCUACUGCCAGUGUCAACCAGGGUACUUCAAACUCAACCCUGAGGACCAGUCCUGCCUAGAAUGCGGUGAUGGUCUGAAAUGGGUCAAUGGAACCUGUGUCAGGUGCACAUUUGGAUUUGGAGGAUUCAACUGUGGAAAUUUCUACAAGCUGAUAGCUGUGGUGGUAUCGCCAGUAGGGGGUGCCCUACUCCUUGUUCUCAUCAUCGCUCUCAUUGUCACCUGCUGCAAGAAAGACAAGAAUGACAUCAACAAGAUCAUUUUCAAAAGUGGCGAUUUUCAAAUGUCGCCGUAUGCAGAGUUCCCAAAGAGUAACCGUGUUUCUAUGGAGUGGGGGAGAGAGGCCAUCGAGAUGCAGGAGAACGGUAGCACCAAGAACCUGCUACAAAUGACAGACAUCUACUACUCUCCUGCGUUACGUAACUCUGACCUAGAGCGUAACGGCCUCUACCCGUUCUCUGGCCUGCCAGGCUCCCGUCACUCCUGUAUCUAUCCCGCCCAAUGGAACCCUUCGUUCAUUAACGACGACUCACGACGUCGGGACUACUUCUGACGCCCAGCUACCCCGCCUCUGGUCCUGCCUAGCCAGCCAACCCCACCUCUGGCCCUGUCUAGCCAGCCAACUCCGCCUCUGGCCCUGCUUAGCCAGCCAACUCCACCUCUGGCCCUGCUUAGCCAGCCAACUCCACCUCUGACCCUGCUUAGCCAGCCAACUCCACCUCUGACCCUGCCAAGCCAGCCAACUCCGCUUCUGGCCCUGCCUACCCAGCCAACUCCACCUUUGGCCCUGCCUCACCAGCCAACUCCGCCUCUUGCCCUGCCUCACCAGCCAUCUCCACCUCUUGCCCUGCCUCACCAGCCAACUCCACCACUGCCAUAAGCCUAAUUUACACACCUUCUACUUCACUUCAACGUCCACAUAAGGUCCGCAUCUGCGCACCUCCUUGGCAAAGUGUCGGAACGGACAGGAGUGGACAUUCGAUUUUGCAUAAUUUUGUUUGAGUGGACCAAGCGGACAGCUCAGAAGUGGAAGGUGUAAAUUAGGCUUUAGCCUGGUCCCAGAUUGGUUUGUGCUCUUGCAUACUCCAUUGCUGUCCUUGUCAAGCCAAACAUUGCAAUGACUGAUACGGAGUUAGCAUGGUAGCAUAAACACACUGGCACGCAGGCUACCACUGCCUGGGCUCCAGUCAACCACAUCCAUGAUUAAGUGCACCAAAAACACUUCACACUGAUUUGAUCAGUGCAAAUUUGAUCAUAUGAUUUGAUCGUAUGUCAAAAGCAAUAAUAAAAGCAAUCCAUAAAUGAUAAAAGUUACGGUGUAUACCAUGCAUUCAUAAUAUGUGGAUGCAUGUCUGUCUGUUCUGCAAAGUGUGUGUGUCUGUGUGUAUGCGUGUGUGUGUGUGUGUGUGUGUGUGUGUGUGUGUGUGUGUGUGUGUGUGUGUGUGUGUGUGUGUGUGUGUGUGUGUGUGUGUACUGAAAAAGCAGGUUGAAAAGAGAAUGCUGCAAAAAACUUGUUUUGUGUGUGUCAAGUAUUGUUACAUUGUGUAAAGAUAUUUAACGGCAUGUCAGAUGGAAAAUCAAUGUACUGUAUUUGUCAGAUGAAGAAUAGAUGCACCAAAGUGGUUUCCUAGGACACAUUGAAUGAUGGUCAAGCUGCUGUCUGUCGAUCGGAACAGUACAACAGUUUUUGUAAUUUAUUGAAUGUAUUUCAACAGUUAAAAAUGUAUGAAGACAUUUUCAACAUGUUGCAUUGUCAGAGGGACUCAUACCCCACCCUGUUCUGUAGGGACAAACAUCUGAAGUUUGGAACACAAAAGGCUGUGUGUGUGUGUGUGUGUGUGUGUGUGUGUGUGUGUGUGUGUGUGUGUGUGUGUGUGUGUGUGUGUGUGUGUGUGUGUGUGUGUGUGUGUGUGUGUGUGUGUGUGUGUGUGUGUGUGUGUGUGUGUGUGUGCUUAACUAUACUUGUGGGAACCCACAUUUGACUAACUGGGGAUAUUUUGUUGGUCCCAACAAGGUCAAAUGCUAUUUCAAGGGGGUUUAGGGUUAAGGUUAGAAUUAGUGUUAGGGUUAGAAUUAGGUUUAGGGUUAGGAUUAGGAGCUAUGGGUUAGGUUUAAGGUUUGAUUUUCAGGUCAGGGUUAAGAUUAGGGUACGGGUUAGGGUUAGGGAGAAUAGGAUUAUGAAUGGGACUGAAUUGUGUGUCCUCACAUGGUUCGUUGUACAAGACUGUGUGUAUGUGUGUGAAUCUCGGAUUAAUUCAGUUCAAUAAACAUGCUAAGUGUCAGCUCUCAUUUAUGGUUUGCAUAGAGAUGUACUAUAUUUGUAGAUAGAGUACCCUUUUAUGUCUUUGUUGUUUUCCUUCUAAUAUGAAUGGUCUAUUACCUCUGGCGUUUUAGUCAGACAUGCAUAUUUCAUAAAUAAAAGAACAUUCUGUACAAUU